GGUACGGCCGUGCCAGAGUCGUCUGAGUGCCGAGUUAGUGUGGUCGAGCUGCAAGUAGGACUACGUGAGGACUUCUUCUGCUCGGUUGAAUCGCAGAAUGAACUGAAGUGGAGGCAGAAACAAUAGCGGCACCAGCGGCCACACGCUUGAUGACUUCGGCAAACGUUUCCCCGAGUGGCAAGGAAACCCCUGCGUCCGAAGUAACGAGCAGCAGUGCAGUGUUAAAGUGAAAGAGAAACGCCCGCGAACAGGGCGAGCAAACGGAGCCUAAAAAGGAUCACAACCGAUAAGGAAGAAUCGAAGCGUUACGAGUGAUAAGAGUGAAAAGUGAAAGUGCUACAAAGUUCCCACGAGCCACUGCUGCAUGCGUGUGUUAGUUGGGUGUGUUAGUGUGUGUGUGAUUAAUUAAAAGCUUCUGCUGCGUUCGACGACGAUCGUGACACCAACGGGUGUGGUGUGUGUGUGUUGCGUCUGAUGCGAAAUGAUGGCAACCGGGUCGAGCUCAUCGUCGUUUGACUCUUGACGACGGCAGUCCACUCGUACCGGGGACUAGCUGUAUACGGUAGCGGUGGUCAGCACCACCAUCGCUGGGUAUCCCUGUGGCCCUCGGGAACUGGCCCCAAGGGGUUGGGCGAUGGAUUGGCGGUCGUCGAGGUGGUGACGAAGCGAAGACACUGAAGCAGCCGACAGUGUCUGUGCGGUGUCAGUGUAAUCGGUCAGUGGCGUGGUUGGGCAAUGUGCGAUCGACGAUUGCGUUUGUGUGACGCUAGUUAGUGAACCCACUUGGCCUGGGACCUGGGACAAUUGGCCCCCAUAGCCCUCCACCCCUCCCCUCACACUCUGAAACGGAAAAGGGAUUGUCGUACGUGGCGAAGGUUGUUGUAUAGAUUGGAAGAGUGACAGUGGCUUGCUGGUCGAAUGAUCGUGCUGAUCGAGCGGUCGAUCUUAAGGAAGAGCAAUCGAAUGCUUUAAGAGAGUGUGUGUGUAGAUUGCGGUUGUGUGUUGCAUUGUGUGUGUGUGUGUGGGCAAAGCGGUGCCGAGAUUGCCGAGAAGAGAGCGCUUAGUUGUUAUUUUCCGCUCAGCGUCCGGAGCAGAUCGAUCGAACUGAUCUGCCAGUGCACUGGUCGAAAUGAUGGUUAACAGCGUUAAUACGUUAGCGAUGGGGUUUAUAGACACGAACAUUUUCUAGGCGUUGCUGUAUCAACGAUUUGAAACGGACGAUAUGGGCACAGCAUGGCCUCAGCAGUAUCAUUCAUCGAGAGGACAUGCCCGUUCCAACACGCUAGCACACAGCCCGCGCACCGCGACCACUGCUGCCGCAGCACCCUCAACCGCAGCCGCUCCAAGCUGGACCGCAUCGCCCGGGGCGAGUUUAACGAGCGACGAAAAGCAGCCGCACACAGGGCCGGCGCCCUGGCCCGGUGGUCCCCGGUGGCGCGGCGAACAUGGUGGCCAACGCGGAUACGGAUGCGGCGCCGCGGCCUGCCUGCCACGCUGCGGCACCGCUGGAAACGGAGCGGCCGGUCGCCCGCCCGCGAUAGAACGACGCCAGCCGCCCGAGGCCGGUUGCCUUUCCCCGCUGCUGCUGCCACCACCGCCACCCGUCUAUCGAAGCCGUCUUUUUCGAGCCACUUUUUUAUCGCUGCAGCUGCAGCCGGCCCCGUUGCACGCGUUACUGACGUUGCUGCUGCUGCUGCUGCUGCUGCUCGACGACACGCAGUUAACACAGGCCCCGUUCGGCCGCUCCGGCGCGAGCCCGCUCGUGCUCACCCGUGCCGGCCCGGGACUGCCACCGCCGCCGCCGCUCCCCUCCCUUCCACUGUCACCAGCGCCCGCGCGUCAGCGAAGCGGUCGGCGGCGAUCGCCCGCAAACCCACUAAGUGUAAACAAUUUAACCAUGAAUGCUUCCAAUCAAAGAACACUGAAGACCUACGUACGUUUGAUAAGAGUAAUAAUUUUGAUAACGAAUACCAUAAUCAUAAGACUAGCGAGUCCGGCGGCGCUUUGCGGCGGACGGAGCUGCUGCCCCUGCUGCUGGUGCGCCUUCUGCUGGCCAGUCUGCUGUCGCUCGCCUCGCCCUGGACGUGGAUCGGUGCGGCCGGCCAGCGCACUCUCGAACCGCCCGGCAACGGCGCCGCCAGCGUCACGGCCUUCCAUUCGUCGUCGUCGUCGUCGUCGUCCGCGAACGAGCCCCGGUCCGGUGGCCGAGCGCAACCAUCACCACCAGCAGCAGCCCAGUGGGCCGCAGCAGCAGCAGCAGCAGCACCGGGCUGUACCGCCAGCACGCCCACACCGUACCGACGUGGGACGCGAAGAAAAGCACGGCCGCACGAAGCAGCCGGCACCACCCUCCACGAUGGCAAUAGUGAGCGCUGCAUGCGCGGCGGCGAUACGUCGGACGGUAGCCACACUAGCAACACUUGCCGCGGCAGCGUCUACCACGGCGAUAAUAGCGUUAGCGUCAUUGCUGACAAGCAACAACAUUACAACGAACAGCGUCGGCAGCAGCAGCAGCAGCUGCGACCGGAACAGCAAAACCACCAGCACACCCGUACGGCGGGCGGCAAGCGGCGGUGUUACGACGUGCGGAACGCGUUGCGUAUGGUUUUACCAGCUUUGCUCAUUGUUAACAUGUUCACGUUUCUGCAUGGAGGUAAGUGA